AUGUUACCGGUAUUGUUUUACAUCACACCAUUAAUUCAUCUAUUUAUUCAUCCAUCUUUUUCCCCGCUUUUCUCGAUUUAAAAUACUUUUUGUCCUCGAUUUUUAACGUUUUGAUUGACCCAUAUGAAAUAUUUUUUGUUGAUUCAUUGAAAUUUUUGAAGAAGAAGACGGAGAAGAUGGCUGAUUUAAUGAAAGGUAUCACUUUGUUGAAUAAGGAAUUGGAAGAAGUAAAAGCUGAAGAAGCAUUGGCUGGAAAGGUAUGCAAUUUGAAAAAUUUGAAAAUAAAAUUCAGAAUAUUUUCAGGUCGUUGCAUUGUAUUUUUCAGCAGGUUGGUGUCCACCGUGCAAACAAUUCACUCCAAAACUUCAUGUAAUUAUUUUAUAUUAAUUAAUUUUGAUUAAUUAACUAGAAUGAAUUUUCAGCGUCUCUACAAUGCUUUGCGAAGUAAUGGAAAACCAUUCGAAGUGGUUUUCUUCACCCGAGAUCGAUCACGCGCGGAUUUCGAGGAAAACUUCACUGAAAAACAUGGCGAUUGGCUUUCGGUCAAAUUUGAUGAUCCGAUUUUGACGUAACUUUUGAUGGGAGGGGUUUCGGGACUUCGGUGUGAGACCCACUGCUUGAAAAGUGAUUUUACUAGAAGCACUAGGUCUUACAGCGAUUUUUGAAACACCUCAGCGUUUGCAGAUGUAGCUAAAUCAUAUUUUGAGGGUUUUCGUAGCUGAACCGUAGAAAAAACUUGAAUCUCCAGCUAAAUCGAACCAAUAAUUUAGCUCAGUGUUUCUGACCGAUUUCUCAGCUAAAACACACAUACGUUUUAGCUACGGUUUUUUUGGCGCGCAAACAUGUUUUCUUCGUUUUGUUUUGUUUUUCGACGAUUUUCGUGGCUUAAAGCCUAGAGAAAUGCUGAUUACAUAUUAUAUCGUCUACGCGUCAGUGUUUUAUCAAUGGAGAACGAGUAAGUUCAUCUGAAAGUUACGUUUUACGUUGAAUUUUUGCAGAAAAACAGUCAGUUUGUUGCGUUUCUCGAAAAAGUGGAAAGUGAUGGUGAAAUCUUCAAUAAAUGAGGUAAUUCCAACAAAUUUUUCAAUAUUCCACAAUGUUUCUCAAUUUACAGAUGUCAAUAACAAGAAAAAAGCUGGAUGUCAUGGAUGUCGACCAAUUUGGCUCCUGAUAGGUUUUUGGGAAGUUAAACCGCCAGAUGGAGUUGCAAAAUGCACAAACACCACAUCGUCAUGUUUUGCAAGCCUAUCGCCCUAUUGGGAAAUUGUAAAUGCUGCCUUUCUAUCCAAUAUUCGGCCGGUCCAGGAUCCAGAAGCUAUCAAACAACUGCGAGAAAAAUAAGUGUUUCUGGUGUAUAACUGACUAUAAUUUCAUAUUCUUAUGUUAUUGUAUGUUUGAAUACGAAUAAAUGUUUUAUAUUUGCAAGUUUUCUAACUACGCCAAAUACAGAAAGAAACCCGCAUGAGCAGUAUUUCGCAAUAAACAGGAAAACAGUUUUCGUAGCUAAAACAUGCGUGUGUGUCUCGUAGCUAAAACAGACUUCGGUGUGUGUUUGUAGCUAAACCGCACACUGUUCGUAAAUAAAACGCAAGUGUCAAGGGCUGCGAUCAGUUGAGCUAUGAAUUAGCUACAUCUGCAAGUGCUGAGACCAAAUUCAUUUUUUGCAGAAGAUAUCCACCGAAGUUUGAGGUGAAAUCAAUUCCGGUUUGUCGAAUCAUCAAUUCGGCUGGAAAAAUCGUCGAAAUGGAUGGGAAAACUAUCAUCACUGUGAGAAAAAUCCAAAUUUUCCACUUCAAAGUUUGAAGUUCAAAAUAUUUUUGCAGGAACAUGGAAAGGAAAAAGCAUUGGAAUUAUUCGCCAAAUGGGAAGAAGCUUGUAAAAAGUAGAUUUAAUUUUUGAUUUUUAACCGAACAGUUUUAAAAUUAGCGUUUUCAGAAGCCUUCCAAAAAAUAAAAAUGUCCAAUUUUCUGAAUAA